UGUACAUUAAAGAAUCGUAUCUCUCUCAUUCCAUACUUCCACAGAUUUUCGAAAUGAUUUACAUAGAAUUAUUGGCAUUUUCCUUACCUUUAGUGAAAUUCAAGAGAACAGAUGGGAUAUUACUAAUGAAAAAGAGAAAGGGACGGAUUUAUACUAACCUGAAUUGCGGAUUGUGCGAAAAUCUUCUGCGAAACUAUGAAAGGAAUAAUUUACUUAAAAUAAUACUAUUGCAACUAUCAUUAUCGACUUCUGCGGGAAAAGGAUCGCAAUUUGAGAAAACGAGUGAUAAAUUUACGGAACCGAUGCUUAUCAGCGAUGAUUUCAUACUUGGCUCCCAUAUUUUUACCGCAUAAUCUACCAGUACUCAUCCUUGUACUCCAUUACUACAUUCAGUCGGGUACUGUCAUCGUGGAAGCAAUCAAAUGUUAUUCAUGCGCUAAUGAUUUCAUUGUUUGGCACUGGCGACAUUUUUUUCUGAAACGAAAUUAUGGCAUUACAGCGAGUGACCAGAGUUGUGCUAAAUCGGAUUAUACACCUGAAAUAACGCAGCUUUGUCCCUCGACCUGUUUCAUCAUGUAUCUAAAUGGUACCAACCGACAUAAUGGAGUAGUCACUGUUCUUGGGACCGUUCGCGGUUGUUCUUCGCAAUUCUUAACCAGCGAUCAACACUCACAACUCGGUCUUGGCCCACAUUCACGUGUUUCUCACAUUGGGAAUUAUUUGUCAUCUGAAUUUGAUAUGGUAAAUCUUCCCGGAAAUAGAUAUCUUUCGCAAAAUUUUCAGGGUUGUGUCAUUUUGUAAUCUGAAA